AUGCAGUCUAUGCCAUACUAUCAAUCGGGCUAUCAAGCGCCCACUUCCUACUCUAACAACGGAUCACCCGUGCCAGCUUCAGUGAUGAAUACCGGAGCUCCACCACCCAUGAUGCCACCCACAAUGUCUCAUCCUCCCAUUCCAGAAGCAGCCAAUGCAGCACCUCCUCCACAACAACCACCCAAAAGAAAACAAGUGAAGAACGCGUGCACCAAUUGUCAAAAAGCCUGCAAGAAAUGUGAUGAUGCUCGACCAUGUCCUCGCUGCAUCAAGUAUGGAAUUGCUGAUACAUGUGUCAACUCGGUGAGAAAGGAACGCAAGAAGGGUAUCAAACGUGGUCCAUACAAAAGAAGACAAAAAGAUGGUAGCAGCAGCACUUCUCGCAAGGGUGAUGAGCAAUUGGUGAAUCAACAAGCAGCUGCCAAUCCCUAUGCUGCUAUGCGACCUGGCACAAUGCCAUUUGGAUAUCCUGGCACCUUGAAUCAAUAUGGCCAACCCACUUAUGAUCCAUACGGUUCAUACGCCGCUACUGCGUAUCACAAGGACAUGCCAUAUGUUGUCAAUCCAAUGUACUCUUCAAUGGGCUAUCCGGUGAUGAUGUCUGGUAGUAGCAGUGAUGCCAAUCAACAACAUCAUCAAGGUCAACAACAACAACAUCCGUCGGCUGGGCAACAACAGCAACAACAGCAACAGCAAUCGCCUGUGCCUACCCAGUACACAAUGAUGCAUCCACAAGCUUCUAGAUAUGGUGAACAUGUACUUCAUUCUCCACAAAGCCAAAGCCCAACGGCUGCUCACAUGUAUUACCAACAACAACAACCACCUCAUCAACAACAACAACAACACCAGCAAUCUCGAUUGAGUCCACAGUUGCCUGAAAUCAAGCAUGAUCCUCAUCAACAACAACAGCAUGAUUCGAGUCAUCAAUACAUGAAACCACAACCAAUGACACCUGUACCAAGUGCAUCCAAUUCAUCCAUCACAUCGACUCCUCCACCACAUGCUGAUUCCACUGCUGCAGGUGGUGUUGCUCCUACUACUGCACCAGGAGGUGGAGAGGAUGAAUCCAAGUAUGAACGACUCAGCCAAUUGUGCUCGGCGGCAUUACAUAGCGAUUCAUCUCAGCAAAAUCAUUCUCCUCAACCUUCUCAACAAUAG